AUGGAAAAUUUGUUUAACCCGUCUGGUAAGUGUGUGAUUGUAUUUGAUUUAAAUAACACUUUAAUUGAGAAGAUACAUGAAAAGAAUUAUAAAUCGGAAAUGGAUUAUCCCGACAAAGUACUUUAUUUUCAUGUUAAGCCAAAACCAUACUUAAAUCUAAUAAAGACUUUUUUAGAUAAGAAAAGGGUUAUACCAGUACUAUGGAGUACUGUUAUGCCUCGAAAUAUUGGUGCGUAUGUUAAAUAUUUAAAAACUACUCAUGGAAUAGAAUUUGAUCUUGUAAUGGAUAGUGACUACUGCUCAGAGGGUGAAUUAGUUGAAACUUUAAAGGUGACUAAAUAUAAAAAAGAUCUUAAUUUAGUAGCUCAACAACUUGGAGUUGAUGUUAAUGAUAUUUUAUUAGUUGACGAUAACAAAGAAAAAAGAGUAGGAAAUCAAAACUUUUAUCAUGUUACUGAAGAUAAAGGUUUGUUAGGCGUAUUAACUGAGAUAGAAAAUUUUAUUGCAAAGAGACGUUAA